AUUUUUGGAAACAAAUCGAUUGUUGCUCUUACCCCAAACCCCUUCCUUCCAGCUCGUCUCGCGGCGUCGCCGUUGUUCUCCCUCCCGGCAUCACCGUUCACGAUGAGCAGAUCCGGCCAGCCUCCAGAUCUCAAGAAAUACAUGGAUAAGAAGCUUCAAAUCAAGUUGAAUGCAAAUCGGAUGGUUGUUGGAACCCUUCGUGGAUUUGAUCAGUUUAUGAAUCUAGUGGUUGAUAACACAGUGGAGGUCAAUGGCAAUGAGAAGACUGACAUAGGCAUGGUGGUGAUCAGAGGAAAUAGUGUUGUCACUGUUGAGGCUCUUGAACCAGUGGGCAAAUCAUAGGCAGUCUGGUUUCUUGGCGUUUCUUUGUUUUUCCUGCUCUUGUAUUUCACACUGCUGCCAACUAGUGCUACUAGGUGGUGGAGAUGAUAUGUAAUUGUGGAUCUAAUCUAUAGGAACUUUUGUUGAUUCUCCUUUCCCAUCUCCUCCACCCUUCUCUGUUCUGAUUUGUCCAUUCCAAUUGAGCGUAAUGCAAUAUAGGGAAAUGCUAAUGGAGCAAUGGUGAUGUUCAUUAAUACUUGUCUUAAACAUUGUUGCUAUGUUACUCUUCUGCUGCUACGGUGUUGAGCUGAUGCCAAAUUGAAAUUGAAAUUGAAUUGAGGUAGAACUUUUAUUUGUAAGUGCUAUGGUGUGUUAGAGACCUUUACUUUAUGCUGGUCUUCAAAAUUCAUUCAUGUCAUCACAGAGGCACAUUUCUGGUAUGCAAUCAAAUUCCCGGAAAUUUGGAAACUCUCUUGAUUCUUUCUCAGGGGUUUGCAUCAACAUAUAUGGAAGCUGCAGUCUGUGCAGGAUGUGUGGCCAACGGUUGAGGUUGAGUUUAAAUUUGAAAGAGUACUUUUCUCUGUAGAAAGAGAAAAGGGAUAUCAACAAGUAGCUUCACUUCUGGAAGUUUCUUUUGCACACUGUUUCUGUUGUCCCAGACAGCAGCUCCUCCCACUUUCACUUUAUUUCCGUGGGCUGCUUUUUAUCUAUUUCUAUAGACUAUGGUCCAACGGCAGCAAGGUUCUUUUCCU